AUGGAGAAAGCUAAACAAGAUGCAUUUGACAGUGCCAGACUUCAAGUGAUCAAAGAUGGUUAUGAAAGGGCCUUCGAGUGCAUCAAUAAAGGACUCACACUGGAUGAAGCUGGAGACAAGGUACAGGCCGUGGAGCUCUAUAAGCGAGGGCGGCAGCACCUUCUCAGGGCAAUCAGCGUGCCUUCUCGGGGAGAGGAGUGUGUGGGCAGCUCCUGGGAUUCAGCCAGGCAGAUGCAGCAGAAGAUGCAGGAGACGCUGAACAACAUCACCACUCGCCUGGCCAUACUGGAGACCAGCUCUGACCUGGGAUCUGAGCCUACAUUGAACACCAGCAGUGUGCCUGUCCCCGAUGCUACAGACAAGUCUAAAGAAGUUCUCUACCCAAAACUUUCCUCCGUAAACAAGCCAGAGAGGCCAGCUCCUCCAAACCUCCUCUCUGCUAACGGCAAGGCAGCAGGAGCUGUCGGAGGCAUGCCUGCAUGUAGUGGUAGUGGUCUGCCCCUCUCACCCACCCGGCAGCCUGUGGUUCCAGCCGGACAGCCUCCAGCUUACUCUCCUCAGGCAGCUGAUGGACACCUUUCGAUCUCAUACGGGACAGACGCAGGGGAAAUGUCAUUGGUUGGAGAAGAAUUCUACAGUCGAACAUCUAACUCGACACCGUCUCCCCAGAGUAUGGGUGAAGACGGAGAGGAGCUGAUGUAUAUCCCUCAUGGUGUACAGAUAUUCUUUGUCACGCCUGAAGGGCAGGUGAGCGCUCCGUCGUACCCGGGCUACCUGCGGCUGGUGAAGUUUACAAGUGACCACUCUGACAGAAUGCCCAACAGACCACCAGCAUUUCUGCAGGUGUGUGAGUGGCUGUACCCUCUCAUGGCCAUGGACUCUCCAGUGUUGCUGUGUAACACUGGUGUGUUUAUGUUUCCGGACAUGAUGGCGCCUGCUCCUGGCUAUUAUGUUGGGGUGGUGUUGUCCUCUGAGCUGCCUGCUGCAGACAGAGACAUGUUCCAGGACCUGCUGUCCCAGAUGACAGAUCUCAGGGUUCAG